UUUUUUUUUCCCAUCUUGUUCAGCAGAUAAAAAAAAAAAUUCUACCUUUCUUGCUCCAUCCAUGGCCGGCGUAAUCGCGACGACCUGCAACAGCUCGCCUUCUCCAUCUGCCCCUUCCGUUCCUCCGAACUCAUCCCCUUCCCUGGCGAAACCUCCUGGUCCGCAGCGCACGAUUUGGAUAAAACCCUCCUCCCGCUCUCCGAAGAAGCGGCUGCAGCACCAGUACGGGAAGAAUGGAUCCCGGUGGGACGAGCGUAAGCUGGUGGGGUUCGUGGACUACGACAAGGGCGAGCGCCGCAUCGCCGUCGAGGUCGCCGGGGCGCGCAAAGACGAUAUCCCCGCAAGGUACAGGCUUCGCGUCGAGGGCAGCCGCUGGCAGAAGGAUUGGAAGCUCUCCGAGGUCAUCGACCAAGUGAUGGAGCUCAACCACUGGGAGGACAUCGAUGGCGUACUCAACCGCUGGGCCGGCCGCUUCGCUAGGAAAAAUUUCCCUCUUCUUAUUCGGGAAAUAUCUAGUACUGGUUCACUUGUUCAUGCUGUUCACGUGUUCCGCUGGAUGAAGAAUCAGAAAAAUUAUUGUCCUCAAAAUGACAUCUACAAUUUGCUUAUACGUUUACAUGCCAGACAUAAUCUAACGGAUGAGGCAAGAGGUUUAUUUUUUGAGAUGCAAAAAUGGAGGUGCAAACCUGAUACUGAAACUUAUAAUGCAGUCAUCAAUGCUCAUGGUCGAGUUGGACAGUGGCGUUGGGCUAUUAAUAUCAUGGAAGAUAUGCUUCGGGCUGCUAUACCUCCAAGCAGAAGUACAUACAAUAAUUUGAUUAAUGCUUGUGGAUCCGGUGGCCACUGGAAGGAAGCUCUUGAAAUUUGCAAGAAAAUGACAGAGAAUGGUGUUGGUCCUGAUUUGGUGACUCACAACAUUGUUUUAUCGGCCUUCAAAAAAGGGGCUCAAUAUUCAAAAGCUCUGGCUUAUUUUGAUCUGAUGAAAGAAACAAAUAUUUGCCCUGACACCGUCACUCUUAAUAUAGUUAUACAUUGCCUUGUAAAGCUUGGACAAUUUGGAAAAGCAGUGGCUGUUUUUAACUCAAUGAAACACAAAGGUGCAAAAUGUCAACCGGAUAUAGUUACUUUUACCUGCAUCAUUCAUGCAUAUUCAUUAUGUGGACAAAUUGAUAAUUCCAAGAUGGUGUUUGAUAUGAUUCUUGCUGAAGGAAUAAAACCAAAUAUUGUCUCUUAUAAUGCACUUCUUGGUGCCUAUGCUUCGAAUGGGAUGCACGAACAGGCAUUAGGCAUUUUUCAGUUGCUUAAACAAGAUGGAUUAAAACCUGAUGUCAUAUCAUAUACUUCGUUACUCAGUGCUUAUGGUAGGUCGGGACAACCUGAGAAAGCUAGAGAAGUGUUUGAAGCAAUGAAGAAAAAUUCGCUGAAGCCAAAUAUUGUUAGCUACAAUGCAUUGAUUGAUGCAUAUGGAUCUUCAGGCUUGCUGGGUGAAGCUGUAGAAGUGCUACAUGCCUUGGAAAAGGAUGGUGUUCAAGCUGAUAUUGUCUCAAUAAGCACACUUUUAGCAGCUUGUGGCAGAUCUGAGCAGCUUGUAAACAUUGACUCGGUACUAUCAGCAGCUAGGUCACGAGGUAUUAAGUUAAAUACAGUGGCAUACAACUCGGCAAUUGGUGGCUAUAUUAGUAUCAAGGAAUAUGAUAAAGCUGUAUCUUUGUAUAGGACAAUGAGAGACAAUGAUGUAAAACCUGAUUCUGUUACAUUCAAUGUACUAAUUAAUGGAUCUUGCAAGUUGGGAAAAUAUGCAGAAUCCACAGAGUUUUUCAAUGAGAUGAUGGACCUUAAAAUUCCAUUUUCCAAAGAGGUCUAUUCAUCUCUGAUCCAUUCAUACAGCAAACAGGGUGAACUGACAAAGGCUGAAUCUAUUUUUAAUAUGAUGAAGCAAUCUGGUUGCUUCCCUGAUGUUAUAACAUACACUUCCAUCAUUCAUGCACAUUCUAAUGCAGGAAACUGGGAAAAGGCCUGGGCGUUGUUUGUGGACAUGGAAGAAAAUGACAUCCAGCCAGAUCCUAUUCUAUGUUCUUCCAUGAUGAAAGCACUGAACAUGGGAUGCCAACCAGAGAAGGUUCUUCAGUUGGCAGAGAUGAUGAAAGAAAAACACAUCUUGUUGAACUCUAGUGCCUGCUUUGCAGUCAUUUAUGCUUGCAGCAUGCUAAGAGACUGGAAAGCAGCAACUGUAGCAAUUGAACAUAUGGAGGCCUCAUUCUCAUCGAUCUCAGUUGGCCUUCUAAAUCAGCUGCUGCAUUUCAUUGGAAAGAGUGGAAAAAUAGAGCUUAUGAUGAAGGUUUAUUACAAGAUACAAUCCUCACAUUCAAAUGUUAGCAUGACAACACACUCAAUUUUGUUGAGAAAUCUCUUGGCAACUGGAAGAUGGAGAAUGUAUGUUGAGGUUCUGCAGUGGAUGGAUGAUGCAGGAGUUCAACCAACACGUAACAUGUAUCAAAGUGUUCUUCCAUAUGCUUGGAAGGAAAAUAGCAAAGAACACGUGGAUCUCAUUCAAAAGAAAAUAUGUGAUAUAGGAGACAAGUUAUCAAAGUCAAUGGUUUGAUCUUCCAUUUUGAGCCAGCAUUUGGAUCACUCGCCAAAAUGAAACUAUCUGUAUGUGGCGCGGUCGUGUCAACUGUGGUGCCAUUCGGCACGAAGAAAGUAAAAGGAGGACAAGGAAGAAGAGGGCGCAACUGCCGUGCACUAGUGGCACGAAGAGUGGGUGAAGAGAAAUCUAUUUGAAAGUUCGUUGGAGCCAUCACUGUCCCAAAGGCCACUUCUAUGCCAACAUCUCGGUGGAGGGAGGAGCAGAAUGCUUCGUCUCGCCAGAUGUGGUGAGACCUCGGAUAAUUUAAAUCUCUGGUCCAAUCGAUAUGUAAAAGGGCGUUCUUUAUUAUUAUUUUUAUCAAAAAUAUUUUUUAAAAAUUCUUAAAAUAAUAAUUUAUUGUAUUUUUUAUUUGUAUUUUAACGUUAUUAUAAGUGCUAUAUAAGUGUUAUAAGUACUAUUAGGUUCAACCGGUAAACCUAAUAGUCUUUAUAAGUGCUAUAAUAGCACUUAUAAUUAUUAUUCAAAA